AUGGAUCCUUUACACGCUUUCGAGACUGCGAACCAAGCUACGGACCCUCGAAGGAUCAUGGAAGAGAAUGGCCCUUCAUUAGUUGCAGAUGGUGAAAUUGGCAAUGAUUCUUCUGGUCGAACGCAUAUGAACCUCUCCCGUCCUUACGCACAGCUAUCCUCCAGCAACUACUUAUACGGCGUUGUCCUCCCACAGGUAUCGGACAGCGGCUACGAGCCUCCUAGCUAUCAGCACUACGUCAACACAGCCUCCUCCACAGCUGGCUUUUCCUCAGCUUUUACACCCAGUCCUGAGGCUGAUACUCUCACUCAAGAAACUGGGGAACACGAAGUCCAUACCCCAAAGAUGGUGUCUAAAGCUCCAAAACGGACGUGUCAACCUCGUACGUCUGAAUGUGAAGUGUCCAAGUUCCACAGAUUCAUGGAUCUCACCCUAGAGCUACGUCGAUCCAUCUACGCCUUCGCGCUUCAUACGGGUCGCCCCAUCAAACCGCAUCUGUGCGACUACCCUGCUCAUGAUACUAUUCAGUUUCACGAUGACAACCAGCUUGAUCAUUUUGCGACCAGCGAUCUUCUCUGUAUCACUCGUGUCAACAAGGAGACCCGUGCCGAGGCCCUCCCCAUCUUCUACUCUGCCAACAUUUUUGAGGUCGGUCCGGAUACUACGACUUAUUUUGACCGCCUGGCUUACUUGGGUCGCUUUGACAUGAUCCGCCACGUCCGGUUCAGCAUCGAGAUGCGCAAAGAGAGUACAUCACCCGGUCUCCUUCGCCGUAUGCACCAGUACAUAAAGGAAGCUGACGCCUUCGAGAAGGGGCUGGCUCAACCUCCCGGCCGGCGUCUUUGGUCGCUCACGCGCCACCCGCAGUAUACCUAUGGCGGUAUCCCAGAACUCAACACACUGAUCGCGCUGAUGAAGCUCACCUCUCCCUUAGCUGGUAAAGACCAGGGCAGGAGCAAAGAAAACAACGCAUCCCGCUCCAAGCUCGUCGUCCCUGUUCUCAGCGCAUCCGCUAUGGCUUCUUUUGACCGCCUAAAGUGGUUCACAGCCGUCAUGUACGGUCUCGGCAUCCAGAUCCCCUACGUCGAGAAUAUGCCAUUCUCCUCUGUCCCCGGCAGCACGGUAGAUAUUACCUGGCACCAGCGAUUUCAGAAGAAGGACUUUGGCGACGUCCCCGAGUACGUUAAUCCGGUCGAUAGUACCGGCCAGACGGCGGCUUACAAGCGUGCCGUUGAGUUAGACCCGGAGUUGGAAGAGAAGUCGAGACCCAGAGGGUGGGCUUAUAUGCGUACCACUUGUGUUGGUGGCAACUCCGGAUGGUUCGAUAUCACGACUGAAGGUGGAGGUAUUGGAUAUGGUCCGCGAUAG